ACUAUCCUCCCACUGCUUAUCUUAGUCAUGGGGUCUCUGGAGCCUAUUCCAGGCAGCAUGGAGCAAACGCCGGCGCUGCGACCUGGAGGGAUGCCAGCCAGCCCAGUAUACCACGUAUAAUUUAGAGACGCCAGUUAACUCUGUCUUUGGACUGCGUGAGGAAAUCGGUGUAAAAGGAGGCGACAAGUUCACACCCGGAACACGGUACUUUUCGAGCCCCCAAGUGAGAGGCAACAGUGCAACCUACUGAGUUAUGCUGGUACACGCUUUCCAAUAAGUUGCUAUAACAAUUUCGCAUACGACCAGAGAGUGGUGGUAUGCAUCCACCAGUUUUUAAAAUACCGUUAUUGCACAUAAGAUUAUUGUAAAAUUUAUUUUAAAAAAAAUCAAUUCAUUGACGUAUGUGGCGCAGAUAUUAAAACGUAUUUUUUAACAUCCGUCUCCACUCCAAUUAUUUUUCCUCAGUUUUGUAAAAUCAUACUAAAACGAAUACUCUAGUAUCCCAAGUUGUGUUUUUUCCCCACCGCAAGAGCAAGGUUAUCGGUCAGAAAAGCCAUCGGCCUAAUCGCCGGAUUCCCGCUCGCACCUCAGACUCAGGCGCUCCCUCCCUCCUUCCUUUCCUCCGUCCUUCCUUCCCUCCUUCCUCGUGUGCACUAUGUCCUUUUACUCAACUUUCGCCGGCUGACUUGCAUAAUUUAACCGAACCGAACUGGGAGAAAGGUUCCAUCUUUCAGCUUCGGCUGCCUUGGGGAAAAAAAGAACCUUCACUUUAUGACAAAAACUGUGACAGCUUCCCUGCUCAGCAGCCGUGUUCAGGAAGUAGCACGGGCUGAUGCUCCGUUGGAGCGCCGUAAUGACCAUCUUGCAGGAAGCAUUUGGGAAGAGGUCCUGAAGUCAUGAUGCAUGAGUCUGGCACGGAGCAGCCGGGGCGGAGCAGCUACGACGGGGCCACGGCCGAGGCUGAUGGGGGCCCCGGGGCCACGGGGGAGUCUCCGGAGGCCGAGGCUGCGCACAUGCAGCCGCAUAGUCAGGUGCAGGUCCUAGCGUCGGCCGCCACCCCCCAGCUCCUGACUCCACAGCAGAUGCUAAGUCCGCAGCACAUCCAGGUUCUGCUCCAGCAGCAGGCCCUCAUGGUACAACAGCAGCAUCUGCAGGACUUUUACAAGAAGCAGCGGGAACAACUGCAGCUUCAUCUCCUGCAGCAGCAGCAGCAGCAGCAUGCGAGGAAAACAAACAAAGCGGUCUCCGCUCAGCAGGUAGCUCUACAGCAGCAGCUCCUGCAGGUUCAACAGCAGCACUUGCUCAGCUUGCAGAGACAGGGCCUGCUGUCCAUCCAGCCUUGUCAGAGCGGCCUGUCGCUGCCGCUUGCUCAGGGUCUGAUUCAAGCCAAGUUGCCCUGUGAGGCCAAGGGCAAAGGAAUGAAAGAGGAGGACGGAUCUGGACACCACGGCAAGGAGGACCAGCCAUCGGCUGCCACCAGCCACCCAGCGGCUCGUAAAGACGCAUCUUACAACCAGCAUACCUCUGUGAACGGGCAGCACGCAGCCCGGGCCCCAAAGAGGGAAAGUUCCACACAGGAUAACCACUCCAGUGAGAGUCACCCCCUCUACGGUCACGGUGUGUGCAAGUGGCCGGGCUGUGAGGCCGUGUUAGACAACAUUCGGUCCUUUCUCAAGCACCUGCACAGUGAGCACACGCUGGAUGACCGGAGCACAGCGCAGUGCCGUGUUCAGAUGCAGGUCGUGCAGCAGCUGGAGCUGCAGCUGGCCAAGGACCGGGAACGGCUACAGGCCAUGAUGACUCACCUGCAUGUGAAAUCCACUGAGGCCAAGCCAGCCUCUCAACCACUGAACCUGGUGUCCAACUCCGCCCUUUCCAAAGUGAGCAUCCCAGAGGCCUCUCCGCCUCUAAGCUCCCCCCAGAACCCAGCGAUGCCCCUCCCCCAGAACCUGUCCAUCAUCAGCGGCCACAGUCCGCCUGCCGUGGGCCCCAUGAGGAAGCGCUACUCGGACAAGUGCAGCAUGCCCCUGUCCGCAGGCGAGUCUGUACCACUGACUGCUCUAUGCUGCCCUUUGCUGGCUGGUCUGGAUAUUUCUCAUUCUUCCAACAUGGUCCAGAAUAAGGAGUUCUACAAGAGCACCGAAGUAAGACCCCCAUUCACAUACGCCUCCCUAAUAAGGCAGGCAAUUCUGGAAUCUCCAGAAAAGCAGCUGACACUAAACGAAAUCUACAACUGGUUCACACGGACUUUCGCUUAUUUCAGGCGAAACACAGCCACGUGGAAGAAUGCAGUCCGGCAUAAUCUCAGCCUCCACAAGUGCUUUGUGCGUGUAGAGAACGUGAAGGGGGCCGUGUGGACGGUGGACGAGAUGGAGUUCCAGAAGAGACGGCCGCAGAAGAUGAGUGGGUCUCCUGCCCUGAUGAAAAAUAUGACGACCAGUCUAACCUACAGCCCAGCCUACAGCUCUGCUUUUGAGACCUCAGCGGCAGACAGGAACAUCCCUUUCUACACUACCGCCCUUACAGGAAGUCCUCCUCUGCUCUCUCAGCCUUCUCUCCCCCACGAGGAUGCCAACGGAUUUACCGAGGACAGUGUGGACAGUGACGACAGUCCCGGCCCCUCUGCCCUGCCGGCCCUGAACGACGGAGAUAUUAAAGAGGAGCCCAUGGCUGAGGAGGGCGAUCUGGCCCCACUACGCACUGAGGACUGCAGCUCUGACCUCGGAAGCCCGAACGGAGACCCAGAUGAUGACCAGGAGGACAGUGCUGAGGCGGGCGUUCCUGGCUUCUCCUGAAGGAGAGCAGCAACAGACCUUAACCCCUGAGACACGCCUGGGCGGUCCAGCACAUCCGACAGCGACACAAUGUGUCACCAGACUGCCGAGUGACUGUUAAAUGCUGAAAGAAAUGUACUUCUUUGUAGUGUUUUCAAAUUAUGGCUCCUUUUUUGUUUUUCUAACACCGUGGUUUCAGGUGGCUCAUCGUGUCUCGUACACAGGGCCUCUUGCAGCGUCCUCUCCAGCAUAUGGCUGUGCGAGGUACCGCUGCCAGUCCUCCGUGGGGCCCCUGGAGCCCAGAUUGGCACCGGGCAUGAAUUUCAGUUCCCAAGCACUCCCCUGAUCUGCUUUGUUUGGGGGGAGGUAUUCAAGUACAGGGACUGCCCACAAUCCGUUACCUUACAGAGGCUCUUCCUGUGCAUGUAGCUUCACCUGCAGGCAGUUUUAAAUUUCAAGGGGAUCAAAGUAAAACGUAGACACGAAUAGUCAAUUCCUUAAAACUGGAAAAAAUGCUAUUUAAUUUGUUAAUGUCAGAAUCCAAUAUGUAAUUCACUUAGUCAAAUCUUACAAUCAUCUUCAGAGUAAGACAACUGCUCUUGCUUUCUCCACUGGAAGGUGCCCUUUUUAUACAGUGUCCAUGUGGAAUAAUACUUUACUGGUAUAUAUAUAGGGGCAGCUUGGUGUGAUGGAUGUGCCCUUCAGCACUGGUUAUAUGUACAUACGUUUAGUGGUUCAGACAGAGCCACUGUUGUACAUCAUCAUCCCCCUGCACCGUUUUUAAGCAGGUCGAAAGACCUCCAAGCCGAAGAUGGCAUCUCUUUUACGGGCUCAUCGGGUUUUUUUAUACAAGUUCAUUCCGACAUCACAAAUCGACAGGAACUAGGGCACCUCUGUAAGACAGGCUUCAGUCCUCAUGCUGUCUGUAAAGCCGCCUCCUGGCUACAGCCAGAUACCAGGGUGGAGGUCAGGCUGGACUGCAGCAACUUCUCCUCACUCCAGACGAAUGUUAUAGUUAGAUGUGUUUUUCAGAAAGUAGGACUGAGGCUGCCAGUUUGUCCACUGAUUGCUGAUGCUUUCACAGUGAAAUUGGCGGUAGUUUUAGCUGCUUUAUGUUAAUUAUGGGUGCAAAAUUUGUUUUUAAUUUCACAAUUGAACAAAUACUUGAUAUCAAGGCUUUAAUAGUUACUUGCAGUCAUCUUCUGCUGCAGCUUUAAACAUCUAUAACAAACACCAAACUUAAUUUUUCAUUUUUAAGAAGUCUUGUUCAUUUAGGACUGCAGCAGACCACUGCUUUGUCUUUUAUAUUUAUAAAGGGUUUUUUUGUUGUAUAAGUUUAGAUUUUAAUGCCUGUAUUUUUGUUUUCAGUGUUUUUUUUUUCCCUCUGAGUACCAAAGAUAAAGUAAAAAGCAAAGAGCACAUUCAGUGUCUGUCCCAAAUGUCAUCCCCGAUCCUGGAUCACGAGACAGACCUCACAGCUGUGUGUAACCCUGUCCGACAAGUCUUACAGGACUGUGUUGAACCCUCAAACCAAAGAUAUGGCACAUUACUAUUUUUAUAAAUAGCGUGCAACUGUAUAAGGGAACAGUUUGUGGCUAUGUGAGGGAGCGUAGGUGUAUGAACAUGUGUGAUAAACAGAAAAUUAGGGGAGAGGAAUGAUAUUACGGCCGUUCAUCCUCAACCUGUCAUAGUUACUUAACACCUGAAUUGGGAGGUAAGAGUUCAUUUUGAAUGAUGGCAGGACAGGCGACUAUUUUCUAGCAGAGAAUGUGAAAAUUCUUUCUAGUCAACUGGAUCAUGGUGGUGUAAGUGUUCUAUGCAUUUUAUUAGUUAUGAAGUUUUCAACAUUUUAGGAAUUAUUUUUGGUUUUGUUUUAGGGGUCUGUUAUCACUCAAAUUCUUGUUGUUCUUUGACUCCAUCAGCUGUAUGAUGCCUUCGGUUUCUGUGACCUACUUAUGUUUUAUAUUAAACACUUCUGACAGUGAAAAGUG